AUGGCCGAUAGCAAGCAGCAGUGGCUUUGUAUUCUGCCGGAUGGCGCGGGCAAGUUGGAGAAGAGGAUGGAAGUUCGUCCUCAGCAUCUCGAAGGCGUGAAGCCGAAGUUCGCGAGCGGCCUCGUCACAAUGGGAGGAGCGACACUCGAUGAACCGGUGAAAGAGGGCGAGCCCAUGAAGAUCAAUGGCAGUGCGAUGAUCGUGGAAGCCGACAGUGAGGCCGAGGUCAAGAAGUUGAUUGAGAGUGACAUAUACUACACCACGGGCGUGUGGGAUGCGAACAAGGUCCAGAUCUUGCCGUUCAAGGCUGCCGUUUGGAAAGGAAGAUAG